AUGAACAAUAAAAAAGAAGAUUGCCAAGCGGCCGACCCGUUCAACGUCACUCUGCCCAUCCAUUACCAACAGCCAUUCCGGCCGGAACCCGUAUAUUACUCCCUAGAGACGACGUUCCAGUUGACGAACGACGUGCGGGCCUUCCUGAGAAAACCACGCAGCAUCGACGACAUUAAAGAUGCUGAAUUCGAAGGUUCGUUCCACAACGGAGAACGGGUUUACGGGCGCGUCCUUUGGCAUCCAAGCAACGAGCUCUCGCCCAGCAACCGCCUCUCCAUCGAGAAAUUGUACCUGUGCGCCGGCCGUGACGGCUACGUCCCGCUGUUCGAGCCCAAUGCCGAACGUCCCCAGUUCGGAUGCCUGGAGAACUCGCAGCGAUUGAAAUACCGACUACUUUUAUUGGAUCGUGAGGACCCGUACGGAAGUGACAAGGACGUCCAGGGUCUGUCCCUGGACGCCAAAUUCGCCAGCCAAGUCGACCAGCUACGCACCGGCAUGGCUCAUUUGCCCAGCAUGGACGGAUUCGUGUUCAGCGUCGAUCCAUUGUUCCAGCUGGAGCCUGGAAUUCCUUGGUUUCUCCAGGUAUUUUAUCUUCACCCCUCCCACAUAGUACAAUUGAUGCCUGGACACAUCUACGAUAAUGGAUGGUGA